CAAUCAAGAAGCUCAGUGGACCGUCACUAACCUCUGCCCUGUGCCGCGAGGGAGCGCGGGAAAUCCCGAGCAUCUGGAAUCCCGCGGGCCUUGUGGACCAUGGCCACCUCUUCGGUGUCCAAGGGUUGCUUUGUGUUUAAGCCAAACUUCAAGAAAAGAAAGAACUCUGUGCCAAUAGAGGACUAUUUUAAUAAAGAGAAAAAUGAGUCUGAGGACAGUAAGCUUCGAUUUGAAACAUAUCAGUUGGUAUGGCAGCAGAUGAAAUCUGAAGCUGAGCGACUGCAAGAGGAAUUAAAUAAAAACCUGUUUGACAGUCUAAUCGAAUUUCUGCAAAAGUCUCAUUCUGGAUUCCAGAAGAAUUCAAGAGACUGGGGCUGUCAAAUAAAACUCAGAGAAAUUCCAACUGCUGCUCUUGUUCUAGGUGUGAAUGUAACAGAUCAUGAUUUAACAUUCAGAAGUUUAACAGAGACCCUUCAGAAUAAUGUCACUCCAUAUGUAGUUUCAUUGCAAGCUAGAGAUUGUCCAGAUGUGAAACAUAUUUUACAAAAACUGGUCUCACAGUUAAUGGACGGCUGUAUAGAUGUUGAAUCCAAAGAGGAGGAAAGUGUUCAGAUCACCCAGAAAAACACACAUUGUUCAAUGGAUUCUCUUUCCAGUUGGUAUAUGAAUGUCACACAGAAGACAGACCCAAAAAUGCCAGGGAAAAAGAGGACUUCUAACCAACGGCAUUCUCCUCCUGUUGUGCUUAUCUUAAAGGAUAUGGAAAGCUUCACCACAAAAGUCCUCCAAGACUUCAUAACUAUCAGCAGUCAACAUCUACAUGAAUUUCCACUAAUACUUAUUUUUGGAAUUGCCACAUCUCCUAUUGUCAUCCAUCGGUUGCUUCCUCAUGCAGUAUCAUCUCUGUUAUGUAUAGAACUAUUCCAAUCUUUGUCUUGCAAGGAGCACCUGACUACGGUACUUGAUAAGCUACUUUUUACAGCUCAGUUUCCCUUUAAACUAAGUGAAAAAGUAUUACAGAUUCUGACCAACAUCUUUUUGUAUCAUGAUUUCUCAAUUCAGAACUUUAUAAAAGGACUUCAGCUUUCUCUGUUAGAGCAUUUCUAUUCCCAGCCCCUCAGUGUCCUGUGCUGUAAUCUCCCAGAAGCCAAGAGAAGAAUAAAUUUUUUAUCAGAUAAUCAAUGUGAAAACAUCCGACGUCUUCCAUCAUUCAGGAGGUACGUGGAAAAGCAAGCUGCAGAAAAGCAAGUUGCUCUAUUGACCAAUGAGAAAUUUUUGAAGGAGGAAACACAGUUAUUACUAGAAAAUCUGCAUGUUUACCAUAUAAAUUACUUCCUGGUUUUGAGAUGUCUUCAUCAGUUCACCUCUUCUCUUCCCAAGUACCCAUUGGGUCGACAGAUCAGAGAGCUGUACUGCACGUGUUUAGAAAACAACAUAUGGGAAUCAGAGGAGUAUGCAUCGGCCUUGCAGCUGCUGAGGAUGUUGGCAAAGGAUGAACUGAUGACCAUACUUCAGAAAUGUCUCAAUGUUUUUAAGUCCUCUUCUGAAAAGCAGCUUGGCAGCACAGCAAAGAGAAUAGAGGAGUUCCUGGCCCAGUUUCAGAGCCUUGAUGAAGCUAAAGAGGAAGAAGAUACUUCUGGGUCACAGUCAAAGGGGCUGCAGAAGACAGACCUCUAUCAUCUUCAGAAGUCCUUAUUGGAAAUGAAGGAAUUAAGAAGAACCAGUAAGAAGCCAACCAAGUUUGAAGUCCUUAGAGAACAAGUUGUGAGCUUCAUUGACAGUCUGGUGAGAGAACACCUCCUCACCCCCGAGACGCAGCCUCUGCACGAGGCUGUGUACUGCAGCGCUGCCCAUGCCCUUCGGGAGCGCCUCAAUGCUGCACCCCGCAUGGCCCUCCACACCGCGCUGAACAACCCUUACUAUUAUCUCAAGAAUGAAGCACUGAAAAGUGAAGAAGGCUGCAUUCCAAAUGUCGCCCCGGACAUCUGCAUAGCAUAUAAGCUGCACCUAGAGUGCAGCAGGCUCAUCAACCUUGUGGACUGGUCAGAGGCUUUUGCAACAGUUGUGACAGCUGCUGAAAAAAUGGAUGCAAAUUCUAUAACCUCAGAAGAAAGAAAUGAAAUUAUCCAUGCUCGGUUUAUUAGAGCUGUUUCUGAACUAGAACUUUUAGGAUUUAUAAAACCUACCAAAAAGAAGACUGAUCACGUGGCAAGGCUAACAUGGGGAGGCUGCUAGAAAGCAAAUGAAGCCAGAAGGAUCACACUUAGCGUACGAGGCCAGUCGUACUUACAUAUCACUAGAGGAAGACUUUUGGCGAGAAAAAGAAAUUUGUAAUCCUAGUGUGUUUAACCAGAAAGUAGACUGCUAACCCCAAACAGGAAUAUAUCAGAACACCUUUGGAGUACUUUAGAAUCCAACAAAUAACGUGCUUAACGUUGUAGCUAAAACCUCUCUCACAUUAUCACUGUAAUUUUCGUAUCAUUAAUAAAUUGUUCUUGAACAUAGUGUGUAAAUGUAAUAUUCUUUUAUCCAGGAGUAUAAA